GUUUUACGCGGAUUAGUUGAAAUCCUGUGUUAUGAUGACAGUGUCUAUACAUUUCGGUAGCUAUGUGGUCCACAUAUUUCGUGUUUAUUAUGUUCGUAUAUUUCUGUUCGCUUUCAUGUACUGAAACAUCAAAACCAAAAUACAAAUUGAUAUCGGCACCUGUAGGUGACCGUGUUGUUUUGUCAUGUGGAAUCGGGGACAGUAAAUACCGUGUUUAUGAGUGGCUCGACAACAAAAAACCAAUGGAAUUUGCUACACAUAAUGUUACUAUGCACUCUAAUGGAAGUAUAGACUUUCGACUUCGAAUGGAAAAUGCAGAUAGAAUAUUUAGCUGUCGUUCGUACAAUUCUUAUCCGAACGGCACGAAUGACUCAUCUCUUAUUUUUGUGUACAACUUCGUACCAAUAGUUAAAGCAUUUCUUGCAGAGACAGUGCAUAAUGCUACUGUAGACUGGGGGUCUAUCUACAGAUUCCCGUGCAUUUUUGGAGGGACUGAUCCUAGAGAGAAUACAAUGAUACUCAAUAAUCAGGUUAAUCACAAUGUUGAAUUCAGAUAAUCUUUCUACUUUUAUCUUGUGUACAUACAUCUUAUCAAAUAUUUUAUUAAAAUCAUGAACUGAUUUAAAUUAUACCACCAUUGGAAAUCUUGAAGUACUGGAUGACCGUAUCGUUUUUGUAUCGAACUCCUUGACACUGUACAUUAACGACUCCGCAUCCUGUGGUCGAAUCCAAGACCCUCAACUUCGCACGUGAACACUUAACGUAUAGACCACUAAGACGGGAUCCAACGGUGUUAAUGUCUGACAUCAAUCCAAGAAAUUGCGCGACCAUCUUCGAUUUUCUUCGGUGGGUAACUGCCUCACACCCAACACUGAUUAGCUCCACUAGUCACGGCUCCUCACUAGAAUUCCGGAACUUUCCUCUCAAAGCUCGUCACUAGUCAGGACAUGAUAGUUCCCAGUAUGAGGUUGUGGAGUUUGUUGAAUUUCAUUGAAAUUAUGAAUCCACCUAAGUCACAUGACCACAGAGGUUUGAUCUCGAGCCGCAAGGUCGUGGAUGCGCACUGCCCGGGAGUCCCACACUAGGAUGAGAAAGCUACCCAGUACUUCUAGGUUUUCAAUAAUAAUUUAGAUCAGUUCAUGAUUUCAACAAUCUCUACAACUCCAUUCUGAAAAUAUCAAAUAUUGUGUCUCUUCAAUGUUAAACGCCUAAACUAUUUGUUUACACAUUCCAGGUAGUUAAUUUUCAUCCGUUUUUAAAUUAUAUUUUCAUUUACUGAUUAAACAUGCCAUUUAUUUAGUACGAGAAUCUUUACUACAAUGCGAUGGCAGGAACUGUGUCAGAGUACGAUUUUUUGAUCAGAAUUCAUCCUCACUUGAAAACGAAUUGUUUUCGUAGUUUUAUCUAUUACUCUCAUACAUAUUUGUAGUUUCAAAAGAUGCAUUACUUUUCGAACCAGUGUAUAAAUAUGUAUAUGAGUGAACAUUUGCUUUGCAGUAAAUUCAUUUCCGGCAAAAUGUUUGAUUUUACUGGGGUGUCUUUCGAGACAUAUUCUCAGGAAAAGUGUAAUAUGAUUUUCUAAUUGACCUAAAAUACAAAAACCCGACAUCCCGAUAAGACCAAUAUUAUCUAUGACAAUUGUUUCGUUGCAGUGUAAUGUCUUGAUUUUAUCAUAUUGCGCAGAUGAUCUAAAAAUUUAAAAACGCCUUUUUGUAUUAAAUUUUAGUUUCCCAAGUUUUUAAAUAUAAUAAUGACAAACGGUGCAGAUGAAGAUCUACAUCAGGUGUUAUUGUGUUCUGAUUUAUUGAGAUGAUGAAAAGCAUAUUCAAAACUUAAUCUAAUGCACUGUUUAAUCAUUAGAUAUUGUAUAUUUUCUCUAUUCAAUCGAAUUAUUGUACAUAUACCUAAAUAUUAUAUAAUUAUCUCGUCCAAAAAGUAUUCACCUACUAAAAUAUCCUGAUAACUCUUUUUUAUGACUUUAAGAUUGUUGUUGAAAUGGAACAUAACAUUACCGAAGAUUCAAUUGUGGAGUGUAAAGUUCAGAAUUCCUUGGGUAUGGUGCAUGAUUUGGCCUACAUUACAGUUCGUCCUGAUUCUAAAGCUUGGGGAAUCAAACACGGAGUUUCAGAUCGACAUUCUUAUUGUCAGUCGUAUUCUACAAUUUUACCGAAAUCCUCCGUAUGUUAUCCAUUUAUAGAAAAUAUUGCUAAUGAAUACAAAGAACCUUAUUUAAUUUCACGAUCUCGUUUAUAUUCCAAUGAAAUCAGUAAUCAAGCUGUUAAAAAUCUGUUUACCAGCUGGGAUGAUUUGCUAUCAUCUUCAAUGCAUUUAUCUCAAUCUAAUAAUUAUCUCAGUGAUUCUUUUAAAAGUUCAAAUAUAUCUUUUAUAAAAUCAAAUCAUGUUGUAGAUGCGAUAAGUUUAUCUAAUAGUAGUAGCGCUGCAUGGAGAUGUAUUAAUUUGGCUAAGCAUUUAACUUGUGCUACAUCUUAUCCUCGAUGUGAAAUUACUAACACUGAUAGAAAAUCAACAUCUGUAUUUGCCAAUUCAUAUAUUGAAUAUCCUGUUUGUUUGAAACAUUGUCUCGCUGUUACAGGCCUAUUUUGCUUCUCCUCGUUAAAAAUCUUGAAUAAUUCAGCUUUGGAUAGACUUCUCGACAUUCAUCGGAAUGAAUCUUUAAUGAAUUCUGAUUUUGUAAAAACGGGUUGGUCAGAACUGAUCAAUGUGCCGGAAGCCAAAAAUCAAAGUCUUCCACUGAGUUUCUCCGAUCCAUUAGCCAGUGGGACAUCAAAUCCCUUUUACAUUUGUUCAUCAACUAAAAGUGAUAUUAUGUCUUUUGAACCGUCUAAAAAGUCUAUUUGCACUCGUUUACCUAUUGAUAACGAAAAUCCAACAAAUUCCCUUGAAGAAAGUAAGAAAACUCCUGAUGAACAAAAUGUUGACUGCAUCAACGGCAAAGGGGAAAAUUACAGAGGUUUAGCUACUAUGCCAGAAUGUAAACCAUGGACUAAUCUGUUUGUUCUCGAUGAUAAUAUUCAGAAUCUACAACCUGGUAUUUGGCCUGGUUUUUACAGUUUAAACAGUUUCACUUUCCCUAGAAGUUUAGGUCUUGAAGCCAGUUCGUCAGCCGUGUGUCGCAAUCCGUCUGGUUUGGCAUCAAGACCAUUCUGUUUAAGUCGAAAAGGCAACAAAGAAAAUUUUCCAGAAGUAUCUAUGAAGUCAAAGCCUAAUCACUUGGAAGAAUGGUAUUUAACUUCUUGUUAUCAAAUUCCUCAGUGUUCAGAGACCAGUAAUAACAGUGAUUAUCAUCAUAACUGGACCAUUGGUGAUGUAUCGCUUAGUGGUCUAGAAACAACAGAGGCUCAGCUACAGACAAUUAUCGCUUGUUCAAUUGUUGGACUGGUUAUUUGUUUAUUAAUCAUCGGUUGUAUAAUUUGGCUCAUAAAUCGUUGUUCUAGAAAAAAUAUUGAAAAUUCGGAUAUACACUUUUCUCAAUUAGAUUUUGACAAGCCUCAAAUUACAGAUGUAAAUAGUGUUAACGAAGAAAAUGAUGGAAAGAGACAAUUUUCUGAGCAUCUCUAUGAUUCUACAGAAAUUAACAAAGAAAAAUAUUUGGAGCGACGUAGAAAAUUAUUAACUCGUCGACGUAGACUUAGACAACUUAAUCCAUGUUCCAAAUGUAUUCUUGGAGCAUAUUAUCGUAUUGUUGACUUCACACAUUCAUCUCAUACAGCUAGUCAAUCCCAUUCAGUUUUUGCUGUUACACAAUAUACUGAAGAUAAAAACACACCUUCAGCAUCUAAUCAAAAUGUUAUGACUAAUGUAUGCCAUAGUCGUUAUUUAUCAUCUUUUUGCCCAUGUUUCUGUUUAUCUAAUUUUCGAAAGAAAUCGAAACACGAUUCUCUCAAAAUGACUCAAUUUGUACAUAGUUGUCCUGUAACUAAAAAUGAAUUGAUUGAUGAAGAGUUUGAGGCUAAUACAUUGGGAAUGCGAAUGGAUAAGUCAGUAGUUUAUGUGACCAAUGUGCCUACAAUUAUCUCACCUCCUAAAACAAUCGAUUCUUCACCAAAUACUUGUGUGAUCUGUGGAGUUGCUAGCAACCUUUUAUCAGAUAGAUGUUCAUCUUGUCGUUGUUCUCAAAAUAAACAAACUGGUGUUCCGUCUGCAGUAACUACAGAUCAUCCUAUUAGUGGUGACUCUUGCUCAGAUAAUCACGUGUUGUUUGAUGACCAUGAGGUUGAUUCAGAGUUUUCUCCAACUACUCUUGGCUUGAUUGAAUCAUCCUAUUAUUCACUAUCAUCUGGGUCUGCUGAAUUAGGUUCUUCCAUAUUACCGGAAAAGUUAUUUAAUGUGGCCUCGAUGAAUCACUUGCUACAUCCAAAAUUUAAAUCACUGUGCUAUCCUCGCAAUCGUCUGGUUGAAAUAUGUUGUUUAGCUAAACGUGCAUUUGGUUGGAUCAUCUUAGUACAUGCUCCAAAUUUGAAUAAACUAGUCCAUAGAAGACGUUUGUUAAGUUUAACAACUUCAGAAAGACUGGGUCUUGUCUCUUCUAGUUCACAAGAAAUAGAAAAUACUAUUGACGUCCAGUCAUCUUCCGAUGAAUCAAAUAAUUGUAUUGCUGUACUGAAAAUGAUUCAAGGAGGUUCUAAUCUGAAGGCGGAAGCUAAUUUCCUUCGUGAAGCUGAAAUAUUGGUCGAAUUACAGCAUAGAAAUAUUAUACAAUUGUUAGGUGUUUGUAUUCCACUGGAACCACUUUCACUCCUUAUUGAAUAUAUGCCUUUUGGUGAUUUUUAUUCAUUUUUACGCCGAUACACCGGUGAAUCACCAGGAUACAAUUCUCUUGUAGGCGCAGUCAACGGGGAAAUAGUAAAUUCAUAUAGUCAAACCUUGUUACAGACUACAACGGUUCCUAAGAAGGAUUUCAUUAAUGAAUAUCCUACCAAUUUGAAUGUCAAAAUCCUCACUGAAAUGGUGAUUGAUGCUUGUGAAGCUAUGGUUUAUUUAAGCGAAUUGCAUUAUGUACAUAGAGAUGUAGCUACAAGAAGUUUUCUUGUUGGAAAAAAGUUAAUUGUCAAACUAUCAGAUUUUUCAAUGUGUAGACCAAUUCAACCUGGUGUUGAUUUUAUCUCUACUUCUAAUGAAUGUUUGCCGAUAAAAUGGUUACCUCUUGAAUCAAUUUUAGAAGGAAAAUUCCAUACAGAUACUGAUGUUUGGUCUUUUGGAGUUUUUUUAUGGGAAGUUUUCAGUUUCGCUGUUGAACCAUUUACUGAUCUAAGUCAUACAGAAAUUAUUAAACUUUUGGAACACGGUGAUCGUUUAACACGUCCAUCACAAUGUCCAGAAUCUAUUUAUCAGUUAAUGCUUAAAUGCUGGUCAGCUGAUCGUACAGAACGUCCAAAAUUCAUUUACAUAAGAAACUGCUUAAAAGAAAUCUUCAAAGAUCUGUAAACAUUUUAAAUUUUAAAUGAACUAUUUCAAUUUUACUUACAGAGAAUCAGACAUGAUUAUUUAUUUUUUAAACUUUUUUCCCCAACCAACUAUUUGUUGUUUUCGUUUUUCUAAUUAGUAAUUUUCUUAUAACUUAAUUACUGCUAUAAUUUCUACUGUAUAGUGUUUUAAGUUAAAAGUUGUUUUAAUUCUUA